UUGAUUGGAAAACAAAUAUGACCUUGCAAGUAUUUGACACGCGCAGAAGCUCUCACCUGCUCACGCACAGAAGCUUUAAACAACAAUACAUUUGUACAUGAACCACUAUGGAGUCUUUUACGAGGCUUUGUGUUAUGAAUAGCAAAAGUGCAAAAACCACAUAUGAUAUCCUGCGGACAAUAAGACGCACUAUACAUCAUACCACUGAAAACAUUCCUGCCAAGAAAGAACUAUUAAAAGAGAGAAUUCAUCAUUAUAUUUAUGCAAGUAAAGGUUACGAGCUGCAAGCAGUCAAUGCAGGAGUGCCGCGACCCUCACAAAUGGCCAAUCCGGACUUACCUGGCCAGUCUUUCAGUGAUCAUAGCAAAGUAUAUUUUGGAUGGAGGAGUCCCAGUCUUUCUUUUUCCUCCUCGUCACUAUUUUUAAAAGGCUACAUGGCUCUCAAGUUGUAUCUUCAUGACAUUGUGCGACCAAACCAUAUCCCAGCUUUUCGAGCACUGGAGAGAUUCUUCUGUGAAAAAGAAAGACAUGAUGAUUGUCUAUCAAGAUACUUGCAGAAGGAGAAAUCAUUAACUGAAUCAAAAGUGGCAGGUGUUUUGACUCAGCAUUUGUUAUCACAGUUGCUACCACAUCCAACAAAUUUUAUUUUGGAUAAAAAUUCAAAAGGAAAAAGUGCAGAGUGUCCUUGUGGAUGUGGCGCACCCUUGUUGUAUGGUACAACCAUAGUCGGAAGCCAAGAUCUAUUUUAUGGGAAUGCUGAUCUAGUUCUUUUUCCAAGUGAUGAAGAUUUAUUCCAAGAUGUCAUGGAGAUUAUGGAGAGUUCUUCUGCAAUUAUAACAAUACCUGAAUAUUUCCUUGGGAAGGGGUAUGAAGAAGAUGAUGAAAAUGAACAGGAACUUGCUAAAAAAGAAGUUCCAGAAGUUAUGCCAGAUGAAGCCACAAAAUUUGACCAGCUCUUAAAGCAGGCUAUUUCAGUGUCGCUCUGUAAGCACAGGAAAAUAAGAAAAAAAAAUCAAACCAAAAACAAUAUUUCUGCAGUUCCUGUAUGUCUCAUAACGAAAGAAACUUACUUUGUGGCAGUGUAUGAUGCUAGUUAUGACUAUUUAAUGAGAACAAAUAAAACUUUAAAGCUUUUCGAAGGAAAUAAUCUUCGAUUUGAUGCAGUGUUGGAUUUGUGGCUCUUAAUUCACCAUAACUUAUUUUGUACAACACCACAUCAAAAGCUUUUAAAGGAAUUUAAAGGGACAUGUGAUCUGAUUCCUCAGCUUGGAAAAGACAGAUUUGAAAAAAUCAUUCAAAGUUCCAGACGGCUGUAUAUGCCAGAAUGUAUGCAUCCUGACAACUCUGAUAAUGUUUCAGUCCCGACAGCUACAGAUGUAGGAGAGUUAAACUGGUUAGAUAUAAUAAAGAAGGACAUUGAUUCAAUGGACCCAUCAAUUGAAAACUAUGACUCCUGGUUGGAUGAUUGGAUGGAAGAAGCAGUUGAAAAUUCUGAGAAAAGCUCAACUGAUGGAUAUCAUCAGAACGAUAAAUUUGAGAGGCAGGCUGAAAAAUAUUGAAGAAAAAGGACUAGGUUGCAGAAAUAUCAUUAUCUAGAACAUUUGCAAGUUUUGUAGUUGCUUUAGGUCUUGUGUUAUAUAUUUACCUUUGUUUACCCAAGGCAGUUUUAACACUAAAUUAUUCUGCACUGUGUUAUUGGGCAGACCACAGCAAUUACAAAUAACAUCAGAUAGAUAAUUUGUGUAUUUAUUUAACAUAAUGAUGUCAAAUUUAGCGGUGGUUGCCGGUCAGUUCAAUGAAAGAACAAAAUGGUGUUAUUUGCAAACACUCUUAUUUUAAAAAAAAGUAAUUCCUUUCUCUAGUUUUUAUAUGCUCCAUUUAGUGAUGUUAAUUGUUUUGUUCUAUGUGUCCCUUGAAAUCAACUUUUAGCUCACAUGUUCACUAUGAUAUGAUCUUUCAAAUUAGCUCACCUGGCAAGAUGGGCCAAGUUAGCUUUUCUCAUCACAUGGAGUCCGGCGUCUGGAGUCUUUAACUUUUACAACAAUCUUUUCCUUUGUAUAACUGGGCCAAAUUUUACCAAACUUGGCCACCAUCAUCAUUGGGUUAUCUAGUUUAAAAAGUGACCCAGCCAACUAACCAAGAUGGUCGCCAUGGCUUAAAAUAUAACAUAGGGGUAAAAUGUGGAUUUUGUCUUAUCUCUCAAACCAAACCAUUUAGAGCAAAUCUGACAUGGGAGUAAAAUUGUUUAUCAGGUCAUUAUCUGACUGAUCUGAAAUUAGAUGAACCUGACAACCUGUUGUUAGGUUGCUGCCCCUGAAUUGGUAAUUUUAAGAACAUUUUGCCGUUUUUGGUUAUUAGCUUGAAUAUUAUUAAACUGUAAAGAGCAAUAAUGUUCAGCAAAGUAAGAUCUACAAAUAGGUCAACAUGACCAAAAUGGUCAGAAAUGUUGACCCCUUAAGGAGUUAUUGGCCUUUAUAGUAAAUUUUAUAACAAUUUUUCUUAAAUUUCUGUAAUCUUUCACAAAAAUCUUCUCCUCUAAAACUACUAAGAGGAAUUUAACCAAAAAUGUACACAAUCAUCAUUAGGGUAUCUAGUUUCAAAAUUUUGUCCAAUGACCCUGCCCGUGAACCAAGAGGGCCAACAUGGCUUUAAGUAUUAAUUUGGUAAAAUACAGUUUUUGGCUCAUAUCUCUGAAACCAAAGCAUUCAAGCAAAUCUGCCAGGAAAAAAAAUAUUCAUUAGGUCAAGAUCUAUCUGCUCGAAAUUUUCAGACCAUUCAGGCAACCUGUUGUUAGGUUGCUGUUCCUGAAUUGGUAAUUUUAAGAAAAUUUUGCAGCUUUCGGUUAUUAUCUUGAAUAUAAUUAUAGAUAGAGAAAAACUGUAAACAGCAAUAAUAUACAGCAAAGUAAAAUGGUGACUAAGACCUACAAAUAAGUCAACAUGACCAAAAUGGUCAAUUGACCCCUUAAGGAGUAAUUGCGCUUUAUAGUCAAUUUUUUACAAUUUUCAUUAAUUUUUAUAAAUACUGAAACUGCUUGGCCAAGUUCAUUAUAGAUAGAGAUAAUUGUAAGCAUCAAGAACAUUCAGUAAAGUAAGAUCUACAAACACAUCCCCAUCACCAAAACACAAUUUUGUCAUGAAUCCAUCUGUGUCCUUUGUUUAAUAUUCACAUAGACCAAGGUGAGUGACACAGGCUCUUUAGAGCCUCUAGUUUUAAUUUUCUAAGGUUUAAUUAUAUAGUACGCUAGUGCUGGCUAGUACAUAGUUAUCAAUAUUAUUGCAAGGAGUAUGAUACUGUCCACUUGGAGCCUUUCAUUAGAUGUUCUUAGCAAACGUCAGUUUGAACAAAAUAUAGGGCAAGAUUGAUGAUUGAAUUUCAUUGAAUGUAUAAGAUGUGUAAAUAUGAUAGAAGCACUUGCAGCAAAUCAAUGGAAAGAUUGUUGAGAGCUUCAAAUAUUAGAUAUUCUUAGAUUUACUAGAAUGAAGAUAUAACUUGAUUUAUCGGCAAUUUGUACAUUUUCCCUAUAAUCUUACUGCCUAAUAUUUUUAAGUUCAUGGACAGAACUUGAUACUUGAAAAUAUUAGGCAAUGAGGUCAAGUAAGUGCAGAGACAUUCAUUUUUUCAAGUCGAUCUGCAUCAUAUUGAAUUUGUACAUAUUUUUAUUUCAUGUAGUAUUUUAUAAUGAAAUAUAUAACCAAGUUUAUAAGGCUGCAGAAAAGUGUGAUUUUGAACAAAAUAAAAUGAAUUUUACCAUAAGCUUUAUACUAUGAUGAAAAUAUUAUAUAUACUGAUAUUGUAUCAUAAUGCAUCAGUUUGUUUUAUUUUAUUUAUUUAUUUGAAUAACCUUUAACAUAAUUGAUGUUGAUAGAAUUUUUUCUUUCAGUAGCUGACCUGGCCCAUAUACGGUCAAGUUAGGUAUUUUCAGCUUUCGCUUCCAACCAUCUUGUGUCCAUUAUCAAACUUUUUACUCAAAUCUUCUCUUAAACUACUUGUGUCCAAUCAAUGGAACCAAACAAAGCCACACUCUUCAUUAAUAGGGUAUCUAGUUCAAGGAGUUUGUCUGAUAUUCCGCCCACCAUGCAAUGCCAUGACUUAUAUCUGUAAAAUAAAGCAUUUAGAGCAAAACAUUGGAGUUCAAAUGUUUAUCAGAUAGUUAAGGGCAUACGAUACAGUUACAGGGGAGGAAAUGACGUUGUUAACGUAAAAUGUUAUUUUCACGACGUCAAACUAUGACAUAUCGGGAAAAGAUGCAUUUUUCGACUAUUUUUUAUCAUUCAAACUGAUUUAUUUUGAAAACAAGUGCAUGGACCCCUAUUUUUUAAAACAACAUUUUGUUUCAUUUUGCAGGGAGAUUAUGUGGACCAAAUUUUAUAAAACUGUAAAUAGAGGAAUUUAAAAAAUUUUGAUAAAUAUACAGCAACAAAAUACGAUUUUUUCUUAAUUCAUGACCAUUUGAUAAAUAUGAGUUAUUUCUGAAUAAAAAAUGCAUAAUUUUUUAGGAUACUUAUAAAAUACAAAAAUUACAAAUGAUCUAACAAAAAAAAAUUUGUGUUUAUCUUUUGAAAACAAAAAAGUUGUGGCUUUCUUUCGAAAGGGAAAAUACGGCCACAAAUCCGAAUUUUGAGCAAAUAUACAAAAUUUCGACCUCAUUUAACUCAAAAAGUAGCACAUGAAGGUAUAUUUUUUAUUAUAUAUUUGAUUUAAGCAGGCAAAAACUAGCCUAUAUGGAAAUUUUCAUCAAACUGUAAAUACAGGAUCAAAACUGUAUUGUAUGCCCUUAAACGAAUUAAGUUCUACAAAAACAGGAAAUUUUUGUGACAGAUCAAUAUUUUCCAUCUGUAGAUUUUCAAUGCUUAAGUCAGUUUGAUAGGAAGUACAUGUGAAGGAUCAACAAUAUGUUGUCGACCAUUUAUAGGCUCUCUCACUCUGGUCAUGAUCCAGUAUGACUAUGAAUAAUAAAAUAUCAAUGUUGCUGUCCAUCAGAUGGUGUUUAUCUAUUUUUCUGCUGAGAAGACAUAUCUCUGUCAACCAUGAAUUUCUUAUUAUCUUGUAAAACUUGGCCACAAUAUUAUCAUUUGGAAAUGUUGUUUUAAAAAUGUGUCUGAAUACCCAGUGCAGCUUGCAUAAUCACUUUGCCACCAUAGCUAAGAAUAGAACAUAGGGGUAAAAUGAAAGUUUAGUCUAUAUUUUGAAAACCACUAUAGAUAAUAUUCAUAAUAUGAUUAGGGAAGAAAUGUUCAGAAAAUUUUGAUCUACCAGUUGCUUAUUUUCAUUAAAACUCUCAUACAACUUCCUAUAUAGGAGUUCUUGCCAACACAUUUUUACCUUUUUUGGGGCAUUUUUGCUUUAAAUGUUAAAACCAUAAUAGAUAGACGGAAACUUCAGAGAGACGAGAACUUCUAGUCAGUAAACACUAGUACUGCUGAAAUCAUUUGAAGACUCCUUGAUAGAGCUUUUGUCCUUGAUUUCAAUUUUGCUUUAUAUCUUGAAAAUUCUAAUAAACAUGAUAGAUGGGUAGAAACUCAAGUUGGAUAGAAUGAUCAGCAAGACAAGAUAUAUGGAGAAAAAUUGUCCAACAACUCCUUACAAAAGCCCUUUUAAUUAUGAUUUUUACCAAUUUUAUUUUUGAAUUUUUGUCUUUUAUCCUUAAAUAUUAUGACAGAUAAAUAAAAACUUUAAUAUGCAAAAAAUGAGCAGCAAGACAGGAUCUACAAUUAAGAUAUGAAGGAAAUCAUCUUUUUUAAUUCCAGCAUCAUUGAUGAGUCUUUUGUUGACAAAAAAUGAAUCUAAUGAACAAAAUUUUAAGCCUUGUAUCCUUGAUGAGUUUGUCUGUAUUAUAGUAAUAGUUAUGAUAUUAAUAUUUUUGUUUUAAUGAAGUUAUAAUUUAUUUUUCUAUCAAAUGCUGAUAUAUUUAUCAUUUUAAACAAUUUUACAAAUAUCGUUGUUUUAAUAUAUGAAUGUAACAUUUUAGCUCACCUGGCACAAAAAGCCAAGUGAGUUUUCUCAUCACUUGGCAUCCAUCGUCAGUUAACGUUUACUUCUCAUCUGAAACUACUAGACCAAAUUUAACCAAACUUGGACACAAUCAUCAUUUGGGUAUUUAUUUAUAUAAAUGUGUCCAAUGAGACAACCUGCCAACCAAGAGAACUGACAUAGCUAAAAAUAGAACAUAGUGGUAAAAUGCAGUUUUUAACCGGAUUUUUGUUCUGUGGAGCACCUGGUUUGCUUAUAUCUCUGUAACCAAAGCAUUAAGGCCAAAUCUGACAAAAAGGGAAAAUCAGGUUGAGAUUUAUCUGCCCUUAAAUUUUCAGAUGAAUAGGACAACCUUUUAUUUGGUUGCUGCCCCUGAAUUGGUAAUUUUAAUGAAAUUUCGCCAUUUUUAUACGACUGCAAAAAUUGAAAAUUAUUUGGUCGUAUAUUGGUAUGACGUCGGCGUUAUUGUUGUUGUCCUGGUCCAAAGACAUUUGGUUUUCGCCCUCAAACUUUAGUAUAAGUAAAUAGAAAUCUAUGAAAAUUAAACACAAGGUUUAUGACCAUAAAAGGAAGGUUGGGAUUGAUUUUGGGAGUUGUGGUCGAGUUGAGGUCCCAACAAUUUAGGAAUAAAGGGCCAAAAAGGGCACAAAUAAGCAUUUUUCUUCGUUUUUCGCACAAUAACUUUAGUAGAAGUAAACAGAAAUCUAUGAAAUUUUAACAUAAGGUUUAUGACCACAAAAAGAAGGUUGGGAUUGAUUUUGGGAGUUUUGGUCCCAACAGUUAAGGAAUUAGGGGCAAACAAAAAGGUCCCAAAUAAGUAUUUUUCUUGGUUCUAGGUUGAUUUCAAUAAAUGAUCUGUUAUUUUGUAUUUGAAAGAAUUAACAUUUGUAAUAUUUCUUAACGGUAUUGGCAAGUUAUUCCACAAGAAUGGUCCAGAAUACAUAAAAGAUUUUUUGAACAAUUCUGUUUUUGGUUAAGGGAGUAUGAGGUUUCCUUGAACAGCAUUUCUCAAGGGGUAUGGAUUUCUGUCUGAAACAUAAUGACAUUUGGUAGAAAGAUAUGAUGGGGCAACAUUUUUAAUGCACUUAAAUGUCAUCACAAACUUGUGGUAUUUUAUUCUCUGUUCAACUGUCAUCCAGUUUAAGUGUUUGAAUAAGGGCGCAGAAGGAGCGAAAGGUUCUGUUUCAAGUAUUAAUCUAGCAGCUCUCUUUUGUAAUUUUAAUAUCCUAUUUAAACCCUCACUGCUACAACUACUCCACACUAUACAACAAUAAUCAAUUAGUGGCAAGAUAUAAGCAGUCUAGAUUUAGAAAAUUUUUAAUCUUUAAUAGUAGAUAUAGUCUAGAUGAUAUUUUUGAGCAGAUCACAUCAAUUUGGUUUGUCCAUGUGAGGGAAGGGUCAAUUUUAAUGCCUAAAAGACUUUCGCAUGUGGAAGAUUGUAUCACUUGAUUGUUAAUAGUUAAACAACUCUCAUUGUAAUGUGGCAUUGCUCUUUGCUUCGUUCCAAUAAUCAUAUAUUUUGUUUUAUUUUUAUUGAUGAACAUAUUGUUAUCAUUGCACCAUGUAAAUCUUCUUGUACCUUUGACUGUAGAGUUUGAUAACAAUUACCAGAAAGAUGUAAAGUUGAAUCAUCGGCAUAUAAAUCAGUGCAACAAUUUUUCAUAUAAAUAGGAAGGUUGUUUAUGUAUAAUAUAAACAGAAGGGGGCCUAAUAUGGAGCCUUGGGGGACACCAUACUUGAUAGAAAGUUUUUUCAGAAUGAACAUUACCAAUUUGUACUGGUUGAGUUCUUUCAUUCCAAUAUGAUUUUAAAAAAGAAACAGCAGCAUUAUUAAAUCCAUAAAUUUCAAGUUUUUUACAGAGAACAUCAUGAUCUACUACAUCAAAAGCUUUCUUAAAGUCCAACAGGACUGCUAAGUUGAUAUUACCAUCAUUCAUAUCCUGUAUCCAUUUAUCUAUGAUAUUGAUAAGGGCAGUUUGGCAAGAGUGUUCUUGUCGAAACCCAGACAGUAAAAGAUCUAAUCUUUUUAGAUAGUCAUACAAAUGUUUUGAAACAUGCUUUUCUAAACAUUGCUAAAAGUGUUGAUAAAACAGGAAGUACAGAAAUUGGUCUAUAAUUUGUUGUCAUGAACUUUUCACCAGGUUUAAAAACAGGGGUCGCUCUUGCAUUCUUUCGAACACUGCUGGGUAAUGUAAUUGUAUCUAUUAUUCUGUUAAAAAUGUAAGUUAAAGAUGAAGAUAUGAAAGGAGCACUCCAUUUUAAAAUUUUUGAUCCUAUGUUAGGGAGCUACCAUUUGAUUUUUAUGG